AUGGGGAAACUGGCUGGAAGCCUCAGGAACUCUUCUAUUUCCUUCCCUAGUACCCCACGCCCCCCUGUCCUAAUUUCUGGAGACCUCCAGAAAAGGCCAAGGUCCUCAUAUGUAUAUUUUGGUCUCCUCACUCUCCAGGUCAAAAUGUGGGUACAACUCCUGAUUCCUAGGAUAGAAGAUGGGAACAACUUUGGGGUGUCCAUUCAGGAGGAGACAGUUGCAGAACUAAGAACUGUUGAGAGUGAAGCUGCAUCUUAUCUGGACCAGAUAUCUAGAUAUUAUAUUACAAGAGCCAAAUUGGUUUCUAAAAUAGCUAAAUAUCCCCAUGUGGAGGACUAUCGCCGCACCGUGACAGAGAUUGAUGAGAAAGAAUAUAUCAGCCUUCGGCUCAUCAUAUCAGAGCUAAGGAAUCAAUAUGUCACUCUACAUGACAUGAUCCUGAAAAAUAUCGAGAAGAUCAAACGGCCCCGGAGCAGCAAUGCAGAGACACUGUACUGAGGCCAGGGCCAGGGCCAGGGGACUCUGUGAGUCUGGCUCAAGACCGACAUUGCCUUGGUUUGUUACAUGACUAUCGUGAUGGGGAAACUGGCUGGAAGUAGUAAUCACCCCUCUCUCUGUUUUUAGUUAGAGCCUAAUGAAACUCUCAUGUAGUUCUGUGACGUGUUUACCUCUUUUUUCAGGCCUCAGGAACUCUUCUAUUUCCUUCCCUAGUACCCCACGCCCCCCUGUCCUAAUUUCUGGAGACCUCCAGGUUUGUGUACGCAGGAUAUUGGCACAAGAAUACUUGUGUUUUUUC